AUGACAGAGAUUCAUCAAUUGCCGGAAGGCUGCAUCGCCGACAUACUAUCUCGCACGACUCCCGUUGACGCUUGCAGACUCUCCCUCAUUUCCAAAACAUUCCAAUCUGCCGCCGAUUCUGACGCUGUCUGGAAUCGCUUUCUCCCUUCCGAUUCCAAUUUCAUUUCCUCUAUCAUCUCACACUCUCCUUCUCUUGCCAACGCUUCUUCCAAAAAAGCUCUUUAUCUUGCCCUAUCUGAUCCCCAUAAACCUAUCAUCUUCGACCAAGGUCGCAAGAGCUUUCAAUUGGACAGGAAGAGUGCAAAAAAGUGUUACAUGCUUGGUGCUAGAGCUCUCAACAUUGUUUGGGCUUGUACUAAGCGUUAUUGGCAAUGGAUUGCUAUGCCUCAGUCCAGGUUCCCUGAAGUUGCUGAGCUUCUCAAUGUGUGUUGGCUUGAAAUUCGUGGGAAGAUAAACGCCGUUGCCUUGUCCCCAAAUACUCAGUAUGCGGCUUAUCUUGUGUUCAACAUGAUCGGUGACUGGGGAUUUCAGAAUCUUCCUGUGGAGGUAACAAUUGAUGGAGCAGGCAGCUAUAGUAGUUCCAAACUUGUCUGUUUGGAUCCAAAUGUGGAAGGUAGGCCGCACAACAGAGUAAUAGGAUUACAACGUCCUAGUGUGAGAAGCGAUGGGUGGUUGGAGAUUGAGAUGGGAGAAUUCUUCAGUUCAGGCCUAGAAGAUGAUGAAGUUCGGAUGAGUGUUGUGGAGAUAAAGGGUCAAAAUUGGAAGAGAGGUCUCUUUGUCGAAGGAAUCGAAGUAAGGCUUAAGGAAGAUAAUUAA